GCCUGCCCAGGGCUCGAAUGCCCAGGCCCAGUCCUGCCCUAGGUAGGGAGUUCCCAUGAUUAUUAGCGGGGCAGGAAGAUGGGCCGUGGCCAGACAUGCCAUUGAGAUGAACUCAACACAGUGGUCUGUGAUCUUCUCCGGCCAAGCCCAGUUCUUCAGGGGAUAAAAGCCAAGGAGACUUUGGGACAGUUAGACUCUGAAGCCUCCUCAUCCCUGUGACAUUUUUGCUCCUCUGACCCUCUGCCAACAACUCCCACCAUGGCCCAACGAUCCUCUAUCACCAUCAAGUCAGGGGGCACUCGGAACUUCAGUACUUCCUCAGCGAACUUCCUCCCGGGCUCCCGGACCAGCUUCAGCUCUGUCUCCAUGACCCAAGGCGGGAAGAGAUUUGGAGGUGGCUUUGGGGGUGGCUUUGGAAGCAGGAGUCUCCAUGGCCUUGGGGGCAGCAAGAGAAUCUCCGUCAGUGGGGGCUACCGCUCCAGCCGGGGCAGCUUCGGUGGCGCCGGCUAUGGGAUGGGUCUUGGCGGCAUAGGGUACAGAGUAGGAGCCUGCAGCGGGUAUGGAGGUGGGAUGAUGCCUGGAUCUGGGGGCAUCCAGGAGGUCACUGUCAACCAGAGCCUCCUGACGCCGCUGCAUCUGGAGAUCGACCCCUCCCUUCAGCGGGUGCGGAAGGAGGAGCGGGAGCAGAUCAAGACCCUCAACAACAAGUUCGCCUCUUUCAUCGACAAGGUGCGGUUCCUGGAGCAGCAGAACAAGGUCCUAGAGACCAAAUGGAGCCUCCUGCAAGAGCAUAAAACCACCAGGGCCAACAUUGAGCCCAUGUUCGAAGCCUACAUCAACAACCUGAGGCGGCAGCUGGACAGCCUGGGCGGGGAGCGGGCAAGGCUGGAGACGGAGCUGAAGAACAUGCAGGAUGUGGUGGAGGACUUCAAGAACAAGUAUGAAGAUGAAAUCAACAAGCGCACCGUGGCGGAGAAUGAGUUUGUGGUGCUCAAGAAGGACGUGGAUGCCGCCUACAUGAACAAGGUAGAGCUGGAGGCCAAGGUGGACGCCUUAAUGGACGAGAUCAACUUCCUGAAAGCUUUCUACGAAGCGGAGCUGGCUCAGCUUCAGGACCAGAUCUCUGAGACCUCCGUGAUCCUGUCCAUGGACAACAACCGCAAUCUGGACCUGGACAGCAUCAUCGCCGAGGUCAAGGCCCAAUAUGAGGACAUCGCCAACCGCAGCAGGGCCGAGGCUGAGUCCUGGUAUCAGACCAAGUACGAGGAGCUGCAGCGGUCUGCUGGCCGGCACGGGGAUGACCUCCGCACCACCAAGAUGGAGAUCUCUGAGCUGAACCGGCUGAUGCACAGGCUGCGCUCUGAGAUUGAUAACCUGAAGAAGCAGUGUGCCGCGCUCCAGGCCGCCAUCGCUGAUGCUGAGCAGCGUGGGGAGCUGGCCCUCAAGGACGCCAAGCACAAGCUGGCCGAGCUGGAGGAGGCCCUGCAGAAGGCCAAGCAGGACAUGGCCAAGCAGCUGCGCGAGUACCAGGAGCUGAUGAAUGUCAAGCUGGCCCUGGACAUUGAGAUCGCCACCUACAGGAAGCUGCUGGAGGGCGAGGAGUGCAGACUCACUGGAGAAGGUGUCGGACCCGUGAACAUCUCCGUGGUCUCCUCCUCUGGAGGCACAGGCUACAGCGGGGGCAGCGGCCUCUGUGUGGGCGGGAGCGGCUACAGCAGCGGCCUCUGCUAUGGCGGUGGCAGCGGGGGCUUCAGUUCCACCAGCGGCCGCAACAUGGGUGGCAGCACCUCCAGCAUGCGCAUCAUCUCCAAGACGUCGUCCACCAAGAAGAGUUAUAGGAGCUAAAGAGCCCCACCUGCCUCUGCUGCCUCCCCCACCC